CUGGAUUGUACAAAAAUCAGUGACAUUUUGGAAGGAGUUUGAUGAUUAUCUUCACAAAAACACCUCUUUCCUGAGCUGAGCUAUGACACGUUUAAUACCCUGAAGAACCUUUGUGUUUAUUGGUUAUUACUUGGUCCAUAGAUGAAGGUGAGCUGUGAGAAGAUUGAGAUCCAUGGACAGAAGACUGCAGUCAGUUUCAUCCUCAGAACAACGAGGAGACGAAGCACAAAGACAAGAUACACAAGAACCAGCAGUGGAUGAGAAUGAAUGAAUGAAGCGUUGGAUCCCAGUCGUGGAUAAAACAAGUUCUCAUCUUCAACGUUUUCCUGAAGGAUGAACAUCUUUACAAAUUAUGAGAAUUCAGUUUAAUUCUAUAAUGUGUACUAAAGUUCUUGUUGAGUUCUGCGUAAAGCUGCUCAGAAGUGAGUGUGUGAACCUGAGCACAGUUGAGAGAUGAGCGUCUCGAUGAUUUCACUUCGUCCAGUGGCUGUGAAAUGGCGGCGCUCGUCCUCCUGUUCUUCUUCCAUCUGAUUCUGGACAUUCGCUCUCAAAAUGUUCCUCAGCUGCUCGUGUCUCCUGAAGUUCUCACAGAGAGAGGAUCAGUGGAGCUUCACUGUUCUGUUCCAUACAAUGUUAAAGUGUCUCGGUGUUCUUUCUACCCAGAGGGAGCCGACAAAAAUAUUAAACUCUCUCCAUCUCCAUCAUGUCGGCUCUCAGUCACUGGUUCUGAUCUGAUCAGGUGGACAGGACGCAGCUCUCCUGGAACACUUUGGAUUAUUUGUUUCUAUGUGUUGGAUAACUCUGUUCGUUCUCCUUCUCCUCACUCUCGCCCAGCUCCAGUCACAGUGCUGAAUCAGAAACCAGUGCUAAGCGUCGUUUAUGAUAAUCAGUUUGAUGAAUUCAGAUUUGUGUGUGAAAUCCCAGGGUCAGAGUCAGUAACUGCUGAUUUUAGCUGUAAUCUCUACACUGGAGAAAAAACUCCGCUUUUCCAAAACCAAAGAUCUCAAAAGAGAAGAUCUGGGAAGGCGGAUUGUAUUUUUACAGCACAGAGAAAUGCUGUGUUUAAUCGUCUGCAGUCAGUAAAGAGUCGUGAAGUGAGCUGUGAUUAUUCAGUGACCUCUGACCCGACUGCUCGCUCUCCGAUGAGUGAGAAAUACAACAUGAUGCGUUUCUUUCCUUCACCAACACAGUCGUCCAUCACUCCUGAGAAAUCUCCUGCACAUGUUCCUCAGCUGCUCGUGUCUCCUGAAGUUCUCACAGAGAGAGGAUCAGUGGAGCUUCACUGUUCUGUUCCACACAAUGUUAAAGUGUCUCGGUGUUCUUUCUACCCAGAGGGAGACGACACAAAUAUUAAACCCUCUCCAUCUCCAUCAUGUCGGCUCUCAGUCACUGGUUCUGAUCUGAUCAGGUGGACAGGACGCAGCUCUCCUGGAACACUUCGGAUUAUUUGUUUCUAUGUGUUGGAUAACUCUGAUCGUUCUCCUUCUCCUCACUCUCGCCCAGCUCCAGUCACAGUGCUGAGUAAGAUCAACAUUACACCGAAUCAGAAACCAAAGCUAAGCGUCAGUCAUGAUAAUCAGUCUGAUGAAUUCAGAUUUUCAUGUGAAAUCCCAGGGUCAGAGUCAGUAACUGCUGAUUUGAGCUGUAAUCUCUACACUGGAGAAAAAACUCAGUUUUUCUUAAAGACGUCCUUUCAGAAGAGAGACUCUGGGAAGGUGGUUUGUGUUUUUAUAGCAGAUAGAAAUGAUGUGUUUAAUCGUCUGCAGUCAGUAAAGAGUCGUAAAGUGAGCUGUGAUUAUUCAGUGACCUCUGACCCGACUGCUCGCUCUCCGAUGAGUAAGAAAUACAACAUGAUGCAUUUCUUUCCUGAAACACCACAGCGGCCCACAACUAAACCCUCCCCGACUGUUCUUUCAACUCGUCUGAUCACCACAAGACCCACAGCUAUGAGUUUUUCUUCUCCCUCAACAACGUCGUCCACAACUAAAGAGAAAACGAGAGCAGAGUCUCAUGGACCAUCAACUCCAACCACAGACAGAAAGAAACCGACUGCAGGUUUUUCUUCUCCCUCAACAACGUCGUCCACAACUAAAGAGAAAACGAGAGCAGAGUCUCAUGGACCAUCAACUCCAACCACAGACAGAAAGAAACCGACUGCAGGAUCUUUGUUGGUGCUGCUGCUGUCAGUCCUCAGUGUCUGUGUUUUACUGGCUGGAAUGAUGAGCGUCUGUCUCUGCAGCUUUAUCAGGAAGCAGACGGCUGAGAGACGCAAAAUGGACUUGGCCCAAGGUGAUCAGGAAGGCGUGUUAUCCAUGCACAAGAUGAAGACAUCCGGUUCAGAAGAUCCUGGAACUUAUUCUGUGAUCAGCUCAGUCCCCUCACCAUCCCUGCUUUUAGAGAGCAGCUCAGACAGAAAAGAAGAUUCUGUGAAACCAGAGGACGAUGGCGAGCACGUGUACUGUUUCAUCACUGACACUCAAGUGGGCCCCAAAGAUAAAGGCGCAGUGUACAGCCUGCUGCAGAUGCACUGAUGCACCUUACACAGUGUAAAUUAUUUCUCAUUUUUAUGUUUUUUGAUGCAACACAUGCCUUAACUUUAAUACUCAGCUCUGGCACUUUAAAUAAAUUGACUUCAGGCUGCUGUUUGGCUGUGACUGCAGUGUCUAUUAUAGAAUAAUACUCAAGACUUGUCACUUUAUAUCGCACUACAGCACUAGUGGAUGUCAUGCUACAACCAAUUCUUGUUGUUUGUUGCUGCCCUUUGUGAGCAAUUGUCCUUAUUUAGCUCUGUCUUUUUUAUAUUAUAUUUUAUUAUAUUAUAUAUAAAAAAUUCCAUCCAAAUUCACUGGAUAUGAGCAAUCGUGUGCUCUGAUUGGCUACUCUACUACUAGGAUAUCAGAUCAUAUACCGGCCCUGUGUCCAAAAUCAAUCACCACCGACUAUACAGUGGACUAUAUAGUGAGGUCGCCAUUAAGCCCUAUAUAGUGCACUCAAAGUGUCCUACAAUGCAUCACGAAAAGUAGUGUACAACCGAUAAUCACUAACCAAGCAAUAUAUCCCAUCAUGCAUUGCGGUCGCACUGAAAGAACUCAAUCAAAAGCUUCAAAUGUUAUUAAAUAAAACACAGUGGCAAAGAAGAAAGAAAGUAUUCAGCCUUGAUUUAAAAGAGCUGAAAGAUGCAGCAGACACAAAGUACUUUGUAUUGAUUAAUGUGGGAAAUACGCUCAGCAUAAUAUGGAUUGAUCACAAAAAUACACGCCUGUAUUUAUUAUUUUGAAAACCCACCAGCCGACUGAUCUGGCACAUUUUAAUUGAGCGACAAUAAUGAUGUAAAUAACGGUGUGCUGGAGUAGCGUCUGAAAAUGUGUUUUCAUUUUAUCAAUGAGCUCACUGUAUAGUCCUCUGUAUAGUAAUUCCCGAGGCGAGGUGGCCAAGUGGUUAGAGCGCUUGACCGCCAAGCGAACGGGCCCCGGUUUGAGCCUCGCCUCGGAUGGUGAUCUGGGGCUCGCCUCCUGUCCACCCAGCAGUGAAUGGGGACCUGGUGGAAACACUGGGGAAGUUAAAGGUGGCGAGGAAGGGAACUGGCCACCCUACCUCACCAUGCCGACAGCCUAGACAGAGUGUGCUCUCUAACAGGCACUCCCCAACGUACGUACGAAAACGUAUAUGGGACUCUUUGACUUUUGAUAGUAAUUCCCUAUAUAGUGAGUAGGGAGUAGUGAACAAGUGAGUGGUUUCAGACACAGGGCGUGAGUAGAGAAAAACAAAAUGGCAGAGCGUUACUGAACCAACCGAGGACGAAAUAAAAACUCCACUUGAAAACAAAAUCCCCCAAAAAAUACAAAAAAAAGUGCAACAACAUAUGGAAUAAAAGUAUUUGAUGGUAAGAACAUAUUUAUUUUUCAAGAAUUAUUGCAUUUUUUUCACAAAUUGCUCCUGUCAUUUCAGUGAAUGUGGAUAGAAUAAAACAGUUAUUCCACUCAAUCUCGUCGUACAUGGAUUAUAGACAACCAUCAGCUCAUGUACGACUCGAUUUCAUGGAAUAACUGUUAAAUAUAUUAUAUAUUAUAUUCUAUUAUACGAGGGUAAGUCAAAGAGUUCUAAGACAGAUGUUAUAAUUUCAAAAGGAAUUCAAAAGAAUUCAAAGAAGGAAUUCUCCGAUGGAAACAUCGCUUGCAGAAGUGUUUAGGCUUAAAUGGAGGAUAUGUAGAGAAAUAGCUUUGUUAUAUUCAUAAAUAAAGAUUUUUUUCAUUUGUCUUAGAACUUUUUGACUUACCCUCGUAUCUGUCUUUAUUAUAUUUAAUUCUGUUUUUUUUUCUUUAACUUAAUCUGUAUUUAUCUAUAUUUUACUCUGUACUUGAACUGAUGCAACACCUGAAUUUCUCCUCAUGGGGAUUAAUAAAGGAAUAUCUUAUUUUAUCUUA